CACUUACGUGGAACAGCGCCAUGGAUCUUGCGACGAAGCGACUGCGCAAAGAGUACACGGCGAUGAAGAAGAAACCCGUCGAGAACAUCGAAGCAGUGCCCUUGGAAACCAACAUCCUGGAGUGGCAUUACGUCAUUCGCGGUAUUGGCCUGUACGAAGGCGGGUUCUACCACGGCAAGCUCAAGUUCCCACCGGACUAUCCCAUGAAGCCGCCAUCCGUGUACAUGAUCACGCCUAGCGGUCGCUUCGAAUCCAACGUGCGACUUUGCCUGAGCAUGUCCGACUUUCAUCCAGAGACGUGGAAUCCGUUGUGGUCUGUUAGCAGCAUCCUCGUCGGUCUUUGUUCGUUCAUGAACGAGGACACCCCCACAACCGGCAGCAUUGCAUCGACCGACGCGAAAAAGAAAGCCCUUGCAGAGUCCAGCCUGGCAACGAAUUGCCAAAGCUCUGUCUUCCGAAAGUGUUUUCCCCAUCUCGUGGAGGUGCAUGAGAACCUACAGCGCCAAGCGACCGCGGCACCACAAGCUUCCGCAGCCCCAGCGGUCGCCGUGCCCAGCGAAGUAGUCCAAAAAGUCACGGAUCAAUAACCAAACUACUAUAUUAUAUACACAACAUGCUUCAUUCCAGU